AUGGAGGCGCCGCCCGGCGGCCGCCUUCCCGCCGAGGGCUCCCAGCCGCCGGCCGUAGCCGAGGUGCGCUGCCCCGGCCCCGGGCCGCUGCGCCUGCUCGAGUGGAGGGUGGCGGCUGGCGCUGCCGUGCGCAUCGGCUCUGUGCUGGCUGUGUGCGAGGCCGCCGCCUCCACGCAGCCCUCCGGGCCCGCCCCUGUCCGCACUGGCUCCGGAGGUUGCGUGCGCGCGGAGCGCAGGCUGAGGUCGGAGCGCGCGGGCGUGGUGCGAGAACUGUGCGCGCAGCCGGGCCAGGUGGUGGCCCCCGGGGCGGUCCUGGUACGCUUAGAAGGAUGUAGUCACCCCGUCGUCAUGAAGGGCCUGUGCGCCGAGUGUGGCCAGGACCUGACCCAGCUGCAGAGCAAGAACGGGCGGCAGCAGGUGCCGCUGUCCACGGCCACCGUGUCCAUGGUGCACAGCGUCCCCGAGCUCAUGGUUAGCUCCGAGCAAGCUGAAAAGCUGGGGAGGGAAGACCAGCAGCGCCUGCACCGCAACAGGAAGCUGGUGCUCAUGGUGGACUUGGACCAGACGCUGAUCCACACCACGGAGCAGCACUGCCAGCAGAUGUCCAACAAGGGCAUCUUCCACUUCCAGCUGGGCCGGGGCGAGCCCAUGCUGCACACGCGCCUGCGUCCCCACUGCAAGGAGUUCCUGGAGAAGGUGGCCCGGCUGUACGAGCUGCACGUGUUCACGUUUGGCAGCCGGCUGUACGCGCACACCAUCGCAGGCUUUUUAGACCCUGAGAAAAAGCUGUUUUCUCAUCGAAUAUUAUCGAGGGACGAAUGUAUUGACCCGUUUUCCAAAACAGGGAACCUUAGAAACCUCUUUCCCUGUGGAGACUCCAUGGUUUGCAUCAUCGACGACCGAGAAGAUGUCUGGAAGUUCGCCCCCAACCUGAUAACUGUGAAGAAGUACGUCUACUUCCAGGGCAUUGGGGACAUCCAUGCCCCAUCUGCGCCCCGGGAGCCCCCAGCAAGGAAGAGAGGUGCCGACGCCGCAGAGCAGCCUCUGUCCAUCAGGGACUCCGAGGAAGGAAGACCAGCGUCUGCAGUGGAGAGUAAUGGCCUUGGGAGGCCCACCCGGGAGCUCAACGGGGGCCUGGGCCCUCGGGGGGUCUGGCCCUGCCAGGAGGAGGAAAGGGCCGCCCGGCCCACCACCUGCACCCCCUCGACUGACGGCCGUGGGUCUUCGGCGGGCGCCCAGCUGCGCGGAAAGACCCCGCCAGAGAAGAGGCCCGUGCGGGGUCCAGCUGGCCCCGACCCAGACCCGGACGUGCCCAGCGACAGCGGGAGCAGCAGCGAGUCUGAGGGCCAGCCCUCGCCCACCCCCUCCGAUGGGGAGAGCAGGGAGAGGAGGACCCGGAGGAAGCCCCAGGCCUCCCGUGAAGCUGGGAAGGCCACGCAGCAGGGAGGCCCCCCAGGUCCAGCCGGGGAGCGACUCGUGGGCGCCAACCACUGUGGGGAGCCUGGCGCUGGUGUGCCGGCGGACGCGCAGGAGGACGGGGAGCGGGACGGGCUGUGCGCGCUGGGUGGCGGCUGCACCGACCGCAAGGAGGCCGAGACCGAGUCCCAGAACAGCGAACAGUCGGGCAUCACGGUGGGCGAGUCCCUGGACCAGAGCAUGGAGGAAGAGGAGGAGGAGGACGCGGACGACGACGACCACCUGGUGCACCUGGAGGAGAUCCUUGCCCGCGUGCACUCCGACUACUACGCCAAGUACGACCGCUUCCUCAGUGGCGAGAGCUCCGAGGCCCCUGACAUCCGAAAGAUCGUCCCCGAGCUGCGCAGCAAGGUGCUGGCGGAUGUGGCUAUCAUCUUCAGCGGGCUGCACCCCACCAACUUCCCCGUGGAGCGCACGCGGGAGCACUACCACGCCCGGGCGCUAGGCGCGCGCAUCCUCACCCAGCUCGUGCUCGACCCCGACGACCCCGCCCGGCCCACCCACCUCAUCGCCGCGCGGGCCGGCACGGAAAAGGUGCGCCAGGCCCAGGAGUGCGGGCAGCUGCACGUGGUCAACCCCGACUGGCUGUGGAGCUGCCUGGAGCGCUGGGACAGGGUGGAGGAGCAGCUGUUCCCGCUACGCGACGACCAGGGCAGGGCGCAGAGGGAGGACAGCCCCGCGUCCUUCCCCGACAGGCAGAGCCUCCUCCCCACCGCCCUGUUCCACCCGACUCCCGUGCAUCCCAAGGCCCCGCCUGGUCCUGAAGUCCGGAUCUACGAUGCCAGCACAGGCAAACUCAUCCGCACAGCUGCCUCGGGCCCCGGGCCACCCGGUGCCCUGCCCCACGCGGGGCUCUCCUCCUUCAGGGCAGUGCAGCCACGCCCCCAGCAGGUGUUUGGUGAUGAGCUGCCCGACAGUCAGGAUGGGGAGCAGCCUGGUCCUUCCCGGAGGAAGCGCCAGCCCAGCAUGUCGGAAACCAUGCCUCUGUACACGCUGUGCAAGGAGGACUUGGAGAGCAUGGACAAGGAGGUGGACGACAUCCUGGGCGAGGGCAGCGACGACAGCGACAGCGAGAAGAAGCCCCCGGAGGAGGAGGAACCGGGGCGCGGCCUAUCGCCCGAGGCCCUGGGGACGCCGCGGGGGCGCCGGCUGGAGAGGAGCACUGCAGAUAGCCGGGGGCUCAGGGGCCACAAGAGGAAGCUGAACGAAGAGGAUGCGGCCAGCGAGUCUAGCGGGGCAUCCAGCUGCGAGGACGAGGAGGGGGGCAGCUCAGAGGCGGACGAGAUGGCGGCUGCGCUGGAGGCCGAGCUGGGUGACCUCAUGUGACCUGGGACAGCCCGCAGCUCACCCACGAUAGGAUGUGUCUGUGUGCAGAGCUCCACCUGCAGAAAUACUAUUUUGCAGAAAUAGGUGUUUUUAGAAGUUACCACAGGAAGGCCAACUUGUUAAGGACAGCGCUGUGGGGAGCGCGGGCCACACCAGAGACCGUCAUUGAGCUCAGCCGAGCCACACGGCAGGGCCAAGCAUGGGGUCUGUCAUCAGAGGAGGGGUGUGGGCUGGAGCGUGGGGUCUGUCAUCAGAGCUGGGGGGGCACUUGUGACGUCAGUGCUGUAGCACGUCACUUAGGGUGAGGCCUGGGGCCCCGACGAGACUCAGGGGAUGGUGCGCGGGAGUCCAGCGGCGUCCUGGCUCUCCUGACGGAAGCGGCGGCGUGUGCACGGUUUAAGUGAGGCUGCGCGGCACGCACACCUGCGCAGAGCGUGGAUGGGCCGGGGGGCGCCCGGUGUGCUGUGGCCCGUGGGGGCCCUGACACCAGGUCCCAUGGCUCCGCGCCCAGGCCGCCUCCUCACUCCCAUGGGGAUCGAGACAAAGGCCACUGCCUUCGGCUCCUUCGUGAGAUCAGAUGUAAAGUUUUGUAUAUCUAUUUCAUAUGUGACCCACCAAACAGAUUUUUCUUUCAUUUAAUAAAACUUUUUUUUGUAA